CUGGGAAGGGUGGACUGAUACCCAAGGAAGGACUACGAUUCCCAGCAAGCAGUGCGCGACGCGAGGGCGCAGGAGGAGGAGCUCAGAACUGUCGGGCCCAGCAGAGCCAGGCAGCAGCAGCCCCUGGCGCAGGUGGCCAUGGGGAAGCGUUACUUCUGCGACUACUGCGACCGCUCCUUCCAGGACAACCUCCACAACCGCAAGAAGCACCUGAAUGGGCUGCAGCACCUCAAGGCCAAGAAGGUCUGGUACGACAUGUUCCGAGAUGCAGCUGCCAUCUUGCUGGAUGAGCAGAACAAGCGGCCCUGCAGGAAGUUUCUACUGACAGGCCAGUGUGACUUUGGCUCCAACUGCAGAUUUUCCCACAUGUCGGAGCGAGACCUGCAGGAGCUGAGCAUCCAGGUGGAGGAGGAGAGGCGGGCCAGGGAGUGGCCACUAGACAUUGCUGAGAUCCCUGAGGGCCAUCUGGAGGACUGGCUGGAGAAGAGAGCCAAGCGGCUGAGCUCAGCCCCAAGCAGCAGGGCUGAACCCAUCAGAGCCACCAUCUUCCAGUACCCUGUGGGCUGGCCACCAGUCCAGGAGCUGCCUCCAUCCCUGCGGGCACCCCCACCCGGGGGAUGGCCCCUGCAGCCCAGCGUCCAGUGGGGUUGAGCCCCUUGUCUACAUCUGGUCAGCUCUCGAGUCAAUCACAAUAAAGAUAAGGGCCCCUACUGGGGAGGCCGAGCCCCCUUCCUGCUGCACCCCAUGGAGCCUCUAAAACUAUCCACCUGGUCUGGCCUUGCUGGGGCCCAGGAGUCCCCCAGCAGGUGCAGCCCUGGUCCUGGCUCUGUGCCAGGCAGCUCCCCCUCCCUCCCUCAUGGGACAUCUUGAGAAGAUGGGUGAGAAAACUUCCUUCUGGAUGUUUAUAAAGAAAGUCUGUCAGCACA